AUGGAGGCAAGCAGAUCAGAAAUUUUUGCAGCUGAAGAGAGUGAGGAAGUAACGUAUGCUUCUGUCAAAUUCUCUCAGACUCCUCCGCCAAGGGCCAAAGCUCCACAGGAAAAAAAAGCUCCCUGUCUGUGGACAGCAGUUCUGAAGGGCUUGGCCAUAGGUUUUGGGACACUGAGCAUCUCCCUAGCAAUUGCUUUGAUUUGGAAGAUGAGUGACUGCCACCCACAGUGCCCUCAACAGUGGGUGGUCUACAGAGGCAGGUGCUACUCCUUUUCUACGGAGAAGAAGGACUGGAAUUCCAGCCAGGAAUCCUGCAGGGCACAGGGAGCUCACCUCCUGGUGAUCAGUGAUACCUGGGAGAUGGAUCUGUUCAAGCGUAUUCAAGCAGAAUGUUUCUGGAUUGGACUGAGGAACAGUACAAGCUCUGGGUGGAUUUGGGAGGAUGGCUCUGUAUUUGAUGAUGCCAAGGUCCACUCUAACAGCCCUGUGCAAAAUUGUGCUGUCCUGAUGAAAGAUCAGUUUCGUGCCUCCAGCUGUGAAUUUUUGGCUCCAUGGAUCUGUGAGAAAAACCCUUAGAUAAAUCUCAUGUGCUUUUUCAUCUCACAACAACCUCAUCAGUGGUAUGAGUUGAUCAUUGUCCUGCAAACUGAAGCUUCACACAAGAGCAAGGACUUGCCUUUUCCAUACCCUCACUAAAGUGUUUUACAAGGACAGGUUUGUUGCCCAUAAGGGUGAGUUACUCUCA